GUCCUUGGAGCGGCUGCCAAAGAAACUUUGGUGUUGAAUGGCAUUGCAAUAUGAUCUAUCACAGCUGGCACACGCUCAGGGAGAACAAUCAGUGUUGACAAAACGCAAUUAUAUGCAGAAUGGAGGAAAUUCAACUCGUCCGUGAACAAUGGUAAAUCUGUGAUGGUCACGAGGUAUGGUCAGUCAUUGCGCAAACAGGGACACUGCAUAUAUCACACGACACCACCAGACUAUAUUGAAGCGGGUACCCAACUCGCAUGAACCUGGGGUUUGUUUCGUCGAGGGUCUGUACUGCAUGAUGGAGUCACCUGAGAGGAUCAUCCUGCCAAUAUCGAUACGGGCAUAUCAAGCGUGCUGUCGAUCAAUGAGGUAUAACCAUCUAAGGUAUUUGGAACUAAGCAGCAGAUUAAGAGUUAUGCUAUUCAUGAUGUGGCACACCUAGGCCCACUGGCAUCAGGAUGUCGAGUCGUCGCAAGAAUGAAGGGUGUAAACUCGCUCGGUCUACUGACGGGGAUUUUCAUCCUACACACAUGGAUCCAUCUGAAAUAUCACCCGAAUACGAGCUCACAAUCCGCAACCACAUUCGCCAGACCUUCCUUCCUUACGUUAGGAAGUACAUCACCAUAGACCAUGUCGCAUAUACCGAGUCUAAGCUCGAGCAGAUCUUCACAGAAUCCUUAGAUUUUGUCCCAUUAGCGGACCCGCACGUGCUCGUGCUACCCCCAGAUCCACUCGAUACGCUCGCCAGGUCUCUGAAAGAUCUCGACUUCUCCCUUGAUGAGCGCUUGACUACAGACGGAGAUACCGUGCGCAAGAUCAAAUCAUCACUCAAGACUAUUGUGGGUGAAGGCAGGGAACUCCGCAGCGAGGCAUGCUGGCGGGAGGAGGAUCACAUGUAUACUCGCAUUGCGGAGAUAUACAGACCUAUGACACCCAUCCUUACCAACCGCGCGCGAAAACAGACCCCGAAAGCAGGUUCCAACGCUCUCCGCGCAUCUCUCCCUCGCACACAGCCUGCGCUAUUCGAGCACACCGGUGUCAAGUCUGUAGUGGUAGCACAAAUCGAGGAUUCGGAUGUACCUAACUUGGAGGAGGUUCUGAAUGUUCGUCCCACGAUAGAAUCCACCACUCGCACUUAUAUCCUCUCGCUAUUUAAAUCGGCAAAUCCACCUGCACAAUUAACCGAGACAAACGUACAUGUCGCUUCUUUCCUACGCGCCGAUUCACCACCGCUUCAGAUUCAACGUCCACUUUCUCCCCCCCUCUUUUCCCGAUCACAAGCCAGCCCUGGUUCGUUAUGGACAGGUAUUACGAAUGCAAGGGACAUCGUGGGUAGGCUGAAUGCUGCUCCUGUUCCCGUUCAAGAGGAGCUAGAGGACAAUGUAGACAGCGUCAACAUGUCGAUUGUUGAUGGAUGGGCUGUCCUCCCAAUCUCUUCUCCGCCUUCCGCUUUGCCCCUCUCCUCACAAGACACCGAAAUCGACGAACUAUGGGAGGCCUCACCGACUCCGCCUGGCACGCCUGCUACAAGCCUUUUCAGUGCUAGAAUGGACGAAAUAGAGAUCCCGCGUAUUCACAAACCCGGACACAUACUUCCACACUCACUGAAACCAAGGGGUUCUAACAGUCUCAAGUCAUUUAUCGAGCACCUGAAGCCUGUGGCUACUGCGAAGUCAAAAGAAGGCCAUACUACAGCACCGACGAAUCAGAAUCCCAAUAUUCCGCUAUUUAUUUCUUCCCCAAGCGCAGAGGAUGGGAGGAUCCUUGAUGCAGAAGACUCUAUGCUCGGACAGCCACCUUCUGUUUGUACUGCUUCACCUCUGCCUACGCAUGCGGGAAGAAAGAAGCCAGAUCAAGAUCAGGCCUUGGAAGACAUUGAUGUGGAGCAGGGUCUCGAUAUGGCUCUCAGGCAUAUAUACCGAGCGGUGCAGCAGGAGAACAUCGAGGGGUGUGUAUUGAAGGAGAGGUUGGAUGAAAAGGAUGUUGCAUUGAUGGAUGUGCCACACCUUCCCUCGCCUACCGUGCACCUGGGGCCCUCUCUACAACCUACAAACAUGAGGGCCCUCAUACAUAGAGGCAAGAUAAAUACAAACGUCCAGCGGCACGUUACACUGGAACCUGUAAAAGGCAUCAAGCCACUUAACCUGGAGUUAUCUUGGAGGCCCUUUAAAUUCGCGGCCCCGAUUCCAACCGACGAAAGCGUCUCUCUUGUCGCUGAACCUGCUCUGGAUGACCUCGUGAAACUGGGCUAUGCUGACAAAGCAAACGAAGCAAAGAUCCAUGGACUGCUCGCAGACCUCGAAACUGCCCCCUGUCAUUCGGCCAACGUGGCAGAAUCGAAGAAAUCAAAAGACAGACGCGGCACAGGGAGUUUUGGUCUUUCACCUCCCCGCUCCCUCAAGUCCUCUAUACUAGGAGAGGGAUUUGAACUGGUGCUGACGAAAAGAGAACGAAGGCUUCACGCCGGCCUACCUGAAUUCGAGGAUUUGCAUGAACAUCGUGCUAAAUAUGGUGAAGAUUGUCAUGAACUCAAUGGCGGAGAUGAAACCUCACUUGAAACGGACAAUGAAGAUCAGCCUGCGAAGCCCCCUCGCCUUGUCUUUCAUGAUUCUGGCCUUUUGGACAGUAUUCCCAACGUUGUCGACGACUCCGAUGUUGCAGAUAAUGGCCUUUCUGGGCCUACGGUCGGCGAUCCAGAAAUUGCGUUCGAUUAUUCUGGUGUUGCAUUCCCCAACCUCCACGACAAUGAGACGCGUUAUCGAGAUCAAGACGAUCCGAGUCCCUUGGAAGCCGUCUACUCACUCGAUGGUGUUGAUUACUCUGACAAGGACGAGGAGGAUAACCCCUACUAUGUGUGCCAACAUCAAGGUCAGGAGCAAGAUAGGGAUCAAGGCCACGAAGGACCAUCUUCAUCUUUUCCGCUGCUGGCACGGCACCGGCACGGCCCAAGUCCAUAUCCGGCCAGCCCCCCUCUCCGAGGACUUGACCAAGAUUAUGCAAUGGCUAACUACUCCCAAGACAAAUAUACGGAAUCCGCUUUUUUCCCGCUUUCAUUUGGCUCACAAGGCGAGCGGGUGUCAAGGUGUCCGACCGAUCUAGUUGUACUUUCGGGUGAUGAUGAGGAACGAAGUGUGUUACCGGAUACCGACAGCCCAAAUAAAACUCAAGGCAUCUCGGACAAGGACCAACCGGCGAACAUAACGUCAUUCUUACGAUAUUUUGGCCCGGAAACGGAUUCUAGUACCGCUUUCCCUGCAUUCAAACGCAGACGACUGGAUGAUCCCAUGGCCGCCGCCGUCGCUACACGAGGGUUUUUAGAUGACUACUUGGCACUGCGCAACAAGAACGGGAUGCGUGACCCGCCUCCGUCGGUAACUCCCACGAUCAUCUCCUCUGAACCCCAAGGUUUGCAACUCGGCAGCAUUUCGCCACCCCGUGCUGCACCUGUAGAAAUCCUCGACACCUACACCAUGCAUCUUCCCGAUGUAUGGAACGCACCAACUACGAACCAUUUUUAUCUUGCAAGUAUGGCUCUCAUUCAGAAACGUGCGCUCGUCCGGGCCUUGCAGGCCCCUGAGUGCCGGGUGCAUCUCGUAGAGAGGUAUGUGUUAGGUGGGGUGGACAUCGCGAUGGAUCCAGACACAGCCGUGGUAGUUGCGCCGCUGCUGGCGCUCCCCUCUCAGAUUGAAGGACUCGUCGAUCGCAUCUCGCAGGCAUCCUGGCGGUAUACACGUAUCCUUAUCAUUUUCGAAGCGUUCCCAAGCGCAAAUGCAUUUACGGCAGAAAUAAGUACGAAAAACGUCAAACUAAUGCCCUAUGCUUUCUCGCCCCCCAUUCUCAAAGCAGUUAAGAAGCUCCGCCGGCUCCUGACCAUCGCCGAGGGUUGUGGGACGAAGAAUGCAGAGUGUAAGAUUCAAUGGGCGUUUGCCAAUGAUGUGGGCGAGGUAGCCUUAUUCGUGAGGAUUUUUGGGAACUUGGCUCAGGAAUGGGCUUUCAAUGAAGGUGGGAAUGCACUUUGGGAAGAUAGGGGGUGGCUACAGGUCGACGAGCACGAGGAUGAAGCGGAUCUUGCUAGUGUGGAGGGCAUGAACCCUUUCGCAGCCUUCGUCAUGCUGCAUCAGGGAGCGCUGCAAGAAAUCCUCGAUAUGACUCCUGAAAGUCGUGUGGCAGAAUUUUCUUAUCUGGUAGGAAGCCAGCGGAUUGCUUCUCUAAACGCCAUCAUCAAGGAGCGCGCACAGGAGAUGGUUGUAGAUGCGGCUAGUGAAUCUGGUGUGGACGUGCCGCAUGUAUGAUUUCAUUUUGCGAUAAAUAUACUAUCUCAGCCGAAUUUCAUCUCGACCUUCCUGUGUUGGUCUCUGAUGAGUCAAGUUGAUAAGCGAACCAUGUCGGGAACAUCCAUCCGGUGUGGGUAGGGGGGCUGGCAAUCGCGUGUGGUACGGAAUAACAAUCACUGUGAUGGUCGGAAAUUACAGUGGUUGAAGGGGUCAUACGGGUGGUCCCGAUGCAGUGCAGUUGGUGCAGCCACGCGGACGAUACCAAUCACUUGGCGAGGUGAACUUUGACAGGCGCUAACAAGCAUUGACCAGCGCUGAGCGCUGAGGACUGGGUGCCGUAGGCCGAACUACGACGGCCGCGGUGCCGACUGAAGUAG